GAAGGGGUGGGAGAAGGAACAGGCGUUCAUCGGAGAAGGACACAGUGAAAAAACAGAGUUACAUAAAUUCUUAGAGUCCUUAAGAAUUGGGACAGAUCUGUGUGCGGAAUCCGGCGAGUGCCCUUGUACAGGAAAGAAGCCAAAGCCCUUUCCAGAGCGGUCAAGGGUAUAGAGGCUCGGAAGCCCUAAUGGCCAUGGAGCUCUCGCCCUGCCUGAUGCUGCUGUUGCUGCUGCCGCCGCUGCUGCACACCUCAGAGGCCACGCCGGAGCCCUGCGAGCUGGACGAUAGAGAUUAUCGCUGUGCCUGCAACUUCACGGAUCCGGAGCCCGACUGGUCCAGUGGAAUCCAGUGUAUGUUUGCCGUCGAGGUGGAGAUUCGUGCCGGUGGACGCAGCCUGGAGAAGUUUCUAAAGAGUGCCGAUCCCGACUCGCUGGAGUACGCUGAUAUGGUCAAGGCUCUGCGAGUGCGGCGGCUCACCUUGGGCGCUGCCCGGGUUCCUGCCCGGCUCGUGUUCGCCCUCCUUCAUGCGCUCGGUUACUCCCGUCUUAAGGAACUGACGCUCGAGGACCUGGAGGUAACCGGCACGUAUCCGCCGCCGCCUCUGGAAGCCACCGGGCCUGCGCUCUCCGCUUUACGCCUCCGCAACGUGUCGUGGGCCACGGGGGGUGCCUGGCUGGCCCAGCUGCAACAGUGGCUCAAGCCGAACCUCAAAGUACUGAGCAUUGCGCAAGCACACCCGCUUGCCUUUUCUUGCGAGCAGCUCCGCACCUUCCCGAAUCUCACCACUUUAGACUUGUCAGACAACCCUGGACUGGGCGAGCGCGGGCUGGCCUCAGCCCUCUGUCCGCACAAGUUCCCGGCGCUCCAGGAUCUGGGGCUGCGCAACACGGGGAUGGAGACUCCGACCGGCGUGUGCGCGGUGCUGGCGGCGGCCGCUGUGCAGCCCCACCGCCUGGACCUCAGCCAGAACGCGCUGCGUUCCACCACAAACCCUGGCGCCUCUGGGUGCAUCUGGCCCAGCGCACUGAGCUCUCUCAACUUAUCGUUCGCUGGACUGCAGCAGGUGCCUAAGGGGCUGCCGGCCAAGCUCAGCGUACUGGAUCUCAGCCGCAACCGACUGAACAGGGCGCCACGGCCAGAAGAACUGCCCCAGGUGGAAAACCUGAUAAUAGACGGAAAUCCCUUCCCAGACCCUGGAGACCCCCAACCCCAAGAGAGUAGCUCUAGUGUGACCCGAGCUUGUGUGCACUCGCUUCUGGCCAUAGGAAUAUCAGGAACCCUGGCACUGCUCUAAAGGGCCAGGGGCUUCGCCUAGGACCCAGGGGGAUCAGAGUGAAUGGAGUCAAGUUGCCCUGACUUGUGGGGGGGGGGGUCCUCAGCAGGAGGUCUCCACUAACCAACCCUCUGCCCCACCUUAUUAAUACCUUAAACAGCUGAUCCGUGUUAUCCAUUCAACACUUUUUACUGGUGUCUACUAGAUGCUGGGCCUGGAAUCCACACUUUAACUUUCUUCAUCCUACCUCCAUAGGUACCCUAGCCUCAUACCCCAAGGGAAGAACUACAGAGGAAGAUGGGGCAAGGAAAAGAUCUGUGGGGGUGGGGGUGGGGGGAAUGCUUCAUAAGUUUCUGUGCAAUCAAGCCUUUCUGAGUAAAAUACUGGCACAUGGCUUAUUAAUAGAUGUUUGAGCUGUAAAUAUUACUGGAAGAUACAGAAUGUUUCUGUUGCAUUCCCAGAACCAUCUGCUCCCACUCAGGGAUAAUAAAACCCAGAGCCAUUUGCUUACACACAUUCUAUCUUUCUCUCUCUUUCCCCCUCUCUCUCUUCCCCAUCCUCCAAGAAAGGAAGGGUAGCUGUAUCACCUUAAGCGGUCUUCUUCUGUGGUAUAAACCCCCUCUGCACACAUAGGUACCCUGGCUCCCACCAAGACACCCCACAGGAAAUUGGGACAUGGGGAACUGAUGCAAACUGCUCUGGGAUUAAACAGUCCAUCUCUCAACCAGAGAUGUUGUGAUUCUGUUAGUAUAUGUGUAUAACUACGGCAGACUGUCUUUUUAACUAGUAAAUAGGGUAAUAUCUCAGACCCUUCACAGGGUCUUAACAGUCUGGACCCUCUGAACCACAUUAACUCAGAGAUCUACAAGGGGAGUCAAGGGAUGCAGUUCCUUUUUCAAGUACCUUCUUCUUCAAUACAUUAAGGCAGUCACCCAUCAGAGAGCGGAACAUCUGCCUCACACAGAACAUGGGAGAGGGAUGGGUGGAGGCAUAUAAGCCCAGCGCUGCUUCUUGCCUCCCUCCUCCUUUCAAAGCCAUAUUGGUAGAGAAAGGGAAUGGAGAAUUAACAUUGAUGGGAGAGUUGCACAGAUCAUCAGACCACAGACUCAAAGAAUCUCAGAGGAUGGCCAAUUUAACUUGCAACCUGGGUCAGGAAACUCCACUGAAGUAUCCCUAAGGAGUCUACCUCCAGAUUGUUAGAACAUGCCUCGUGUCAAAAUGAACCGCCUUCAGGCAUUUUCAUACAUCUGAAUACCCCUGAAUUGAAUACCUCUGACCACUGCUCCACAUCAGGCCUUGUGCUAGGAGUCAAGUAUGCUGAGAUGAAUCAGAAACAUCUAUGCCCUCAGGGAAUGCUCAUCCAGUAAAAGAGAGAGAGAAAAUUUAGUGUGAUUCAACGAGAGAGAGGCAUCAACUCUACAGGGGUAUGUUAUAAAUUGAAUUACUAAAAAAAAAAAAACAUUUCUGUGGAGUCUAUUCUGGGUCAUAGCAACCC